GGCUCUCGCGCCUCUCGCGCUACGUCACUGGGUGCGUAGGCGCCGAGCUUUCAAAAUGCAGCGGGAGUUAGUGAGUUUCCCGCUGUCUCCCGCGGUGCGCGUGAAGCUGGUGGCUGCAGGUUUCCAGACUGCCGAGGACAUCCUGGAGGUGAAGCCCUCCGAGCUCAGCAAAGAAGUUGGGAUAUCUAAAGAGGAAGCUUUAGAGACUCUACAAAUUGUAAGAAGAGAAUGUCUCACAGAUCAACCAAGAUGUGCUGGUACAUCUGUGGCAAGCAAGAAGUGUACAGCACUGGAACUUCUUGAGCAGGAGCAUACCCAAGGCUUCAUAAUCACCUUCUGUUCAGCACUAGACAACAUUCUUGGGGGUGGAAUACCCCUAAUGAAAACGACAGAAGUUUGUGGUGUACCAGGUGUUGGAAAAACACAGUUAUGUAUGCAAUUGGCAGUGGAUGUGCAAAUUCCAGAAUGUUUUGGAGGAAUAGCAGGUGAAGCGGUAUUUAUUGAUACAGAGGGAAGUUUUAUGAUUGAUAGAGUGGUAACCCUUGCAACUGCCUGCAUUACGCACCUUCAUCUUAUAGCUGGAACACAUAAGGACGAAGACCAUCAGAAAGCCUUGGAGGAUUUUACUCUUGAAAAUAUUCUUUCCCAUAUUUAUUAUUUCCGUUGUCAUGAUUACACUGAGCUGCUGGCACAAGUUUAUCUCCUUCCAGAUUUCCUUUCAGAUCAUUCAAAGGUGCGGUUGGUGAUCAUAGAUGGUAUUGCUUUUCCUUUUCGUCACGACCUUGAUGACCUGUCCCUUCGUACUCGACUACUAAAUGGCCUAGCCCAACAAAUGAUCAGCCUUGCAUAUAAUCACAGGUUAGCUGUUAUUUUAACUAAUCAAAUGACAACAAAGAUUGAUAAAAAUCAAGCAUUACUUGUCCCUGCAUUAGGGGAAAGCUGGGGACAUGCUGCUACAGUACGGCUUAUUUUUUACUGGGAACAAAAGCAAAGCAGGUUUGCAACAUUGUACAAGUCACCAAGCCAGAAGGAGUCCACAGUACCAUUUCAGAUCACACCUCAGGGAUUUAGAGAUGCUGCUGUCACUGCUUCUUCAUCACAGACAGGAGGUUCUUUGAAUUUCCGGAAACGGUUACGAGAGCCAGUGGAAGAAUGCUGACCCACAACUAGUGUCAAUGCACAGUUAGAUUCAUAAUGUGAUAGGCAUUGUAGUGCACAUGAGUAGUUUAUACUCUUUAAACUAUAAACACAUACUAUGGCAGGAAUGAAUCAGAAUUAUACGAUGUGGAUGGGAAAAUAGUUACAGAAUCUUUUCUGAAAAAAGCUGCCCCCCCCCUUUUUUCCCCUGUGUGCAUUUGCCAUGGUGUCCAUGUAGUAAGAGGACAACUUUUUGGGGAGUUGAUUUUCUACUUCUACUUUGCUUUUUAAUUUAUUUUUCUGUGUAUGGUGUUAUGCCCAGAUCUCGGGGACCCCAAAAAGACUACCACAGAAACUGAAUACCGCAUGUAAAAGUAAAGAGCCUUUAUUUUCAAGCUCCAA